GGGUUGUAAAUGAACUACAACGCCCAUGAUCACCUGCUUCCUCAUCCCUGGGAAACGAUUGCUGAUCCUCCGGUUCUCCACUGUUCCCUGUGUUCGCCGUGGCUGAACUUCCUUUUUGGUAACUGCGAAGGGGAUGGGAAGGACCCCCCCACUCCCCAAAACCAACCAACGCAAACCACUGGCGCAGAAAAGUCAAGGGGAAGCGCCAACAGAGGCCUUGUGAGCAUUAAGAAUAUAAAUUUCAUUGGGGAAGGGAAUUUCUUGGAUAUUCAAAGAACCUAAAGCACCUGGCUAUCAUGCAAGAAAAUUAUAGGAAUGUCAGCUCUCAUGCAGGUUUUCAGAUAGUACAGAGGAAAGAUCCAUUCAUGCCUGACUCUCAAGACUGGGAGGAAAAGAAAAAAACAUCAGAUGCUAAAUUAGCAGAGUUUCCUGAUGUGGUGAUUAAGCUGGAAAAAGGGAUAGAUCUGCAGGUUCCGGAUCCUCAGGGUUCCGAGGAGAACAAGAUCUUCCACAACACUUGUUCUGGCUGUCCAGACAAGAUAUUAAAACUGGAACUGAAGGAAGAACCAGAUGACGAAUGGGAGACCUUUCCAAGCUCUUACCCAGACUGUCCAGUCAAGAUAAUAAAAGUGGAAUUAAAGGAAGAACCAGAUGAUGGAUAUGGGACCUUCCCGAGCUCCCACUUGGGAGACUACAGGCAGGUAUGGGAGGACAACCAAGGCCUUUGGUCAGGAAUAGAAGAUGAAAGUAUGUCAGAGACGCUGAGUGAGGGAAGGAAGCUAGUGAACAUAUCCCUCAGGCAGAAGGCACAUCAGGGCAUUCCCUGUGGGGAUGGCAGAGAGGAAGAUUUUAAUGAAACUGGACAAGAGAGAAACCAGGAGUCUGAGGUGGUAAGAAUAUUUGCUGAGUCAGAAAAAAGCUUCAGCUACCAAUCCAGCCACAAUCCAAACAGGAAAAUGAACGCGGGAGGGAAACCAUACAAAUGUUCAGGCUGUGGUGAAAACUUCUGGGAGAAGUCAAUCCUCAGUAUACACGAGAGGACACACAUGGGAGAAAAGCCCUACAAGUGUCCAGACAGUGCGAAAAACUUCAGCUGGAGAUCCAGUUUUACCACACACAAGCAAACCCACACAGGAGAGAAACCUUAUUUGUGUUUGGAGUGUGGGGAAACAUUCAGUCUGAACUCCAGCCUCAUAGCACACCAGGAAGCUCACACUGGAGAGAAACCGUACCAGUGUUUAGACUGUGGGGAAAUCUUCAUCCAACGAUCCCAUCUGAUCCAACAUGAGAAAACUCACAUGGGCAAGAAGACCCACAUAUGUUCUCACUGUGGGAAAAGCUUCAAUAGGAGAUCAUGCCUCCGUAGGCACGAGACAACUCAUACAGGGGAGAAGCCAUACAAAUGCUCAGACUGUGGCAAGAAUUUCCGUCGGAGGUCACAUGUUAAGAAACAUGCAGAAAUCCACAUAAGAGAGAAACUGAAGCUCUUCAGUUAUGAGGCCCCUCCUGUGUGCGAGACGACGCUCACAGGAGAGAAACGAUAUAAUUGCUCACUGUGUGAAAAAACCUUCAACUGGAAAUCACACCUUGUUGCACAUGAGAGAACCCACACUGGGGAAAAACCCUGCCAAUGUUCAGACUGUGGAAAAAGCUUCAACAACAGGUCCCAGCUUGUCAGGCAUGAGAGAACCCAUACUGGGGAGAAGCCUUAUAAAUGCUCAGACUGUGGUAAAUGCUUCGGUCAGAGCUCAGUUCUUGUUGUACACAAACGAAUCCACAGUGGAGAGAAGCCUUAUGUUUGCUCAGACUGUGGAAAGAGCUUCAAUUGUGGGUCACAUCUCCGCAGCCAUCGUAAGACCCACACAGGUGAGAAACCGUAUGAAUGUUCAUACUGUGGGAAGAAGUUUGUGCUCAGCUCACACCUUCAGAAACAUCAGAGAACUCACACCGGUGAGAAACCACACACUUGCCUAGUAUGUGGGAAAAGCUUCACUCUGAGCUCUCAUCUUGUCAGACACAAGAGAAUUCAUACGGGAGAGAGACCAUAUAAAUGCUCAGAGUGUGGGAAGAGUUUCAAUCAGAGUUCCGUCCUCAAGUCUCACAGUAGAACCCACACUCAAGAAAAGACUGUAUCGUUGUACUGACUGUGAGACAAGCUUUAGCUCGUGUGGGCCUUAAACAUCAGAGGAGCCACCCAAAGAAGCUCAUUAGAAAUCAGGGUGAACUUUCAUGUUCUUAGUUCAGUUUUUUAAAAACCUUCCAACAGUAUAUGGUCUUGAGGAAACUGGUUACUUAAGUAGCUCUGUUGAUUUGCUGGGCAUUCAGAAGUAUCUAACUUUCUCAGGGUGGGUCUGUACUGUCCUUAGAAGAGUCUAGUAAAACAGUUUGUAGCUUGUUGUAAAUCAGUGAAUUGUUUUGUACCAUUAAGAUGAAGCCUCGUGGGAAAUGUAGUUUAGGUACCUUUGCAGGUCAUGUGAUGUUACGCUAACUCACUCACUGUCUCAAGUUAGAAGCCUGGAAAAACUCAGCUUUUUGCCCUUUUCCUGUUGGUUUCUGAUCUCUUCAUUGACAAGGAGAUGUGCAAAAGCAAUAUCAUUCUGCUGCAAGAUCUAAGAAAAUAAACUUUACCCUUAUGCAAGACAAUCUGUAUUAUCCAGCCUGCUGACGGAACAUCAGUUCUAACUUAUAGCCUUUUUGCAGUAGAAUAAAAUCAGUUUUUCUUUUUCUAUGCA